CAAGCAUCAAUUCUCAAGCUUCUUCAUCCCAAUUUGAGCUUCAAUUCAAGGUCAAAUGGCUCCUAAACGCCGAAAUGAUGCUACUUCUUCCUCUUCAUCCGUACCACGUUUCACCUCCACGGAGAAUGAAGCUUGGUACGAUCAAAGGAAGAAGUGGAAGAUUGUGAUUGAAAAGACCGUGCAUCCGGAGAUCGAAGCUCUCUAUCGACUCUCCGAUGCUUUUCACAAAUUGGGAUGGGCCGUCAUGCUCACUUUGACUGGGGCAUUCUACCCGACGCUUGUAUGGGAGUUCUAUGGCAAUAUUGAGAAGAAAAUGGACCCGUUUGGGAAUAUUGUGAGCACUGUUAAAGGCACAAAGAUCACCAUUAGCAAACAACAAUUGAGCAACUUGCUUCGCGUCCCCAACGACGGUCAUCCGGUUGAAAUGAACUCUGUAGUGGUGCUCACCGACCCCACUUACAAGGAGAUCGAUGUCAUGAACAACUAUGGAUUCGAUGAAGAACUCAAGGCCCGUGUUCUUGAACCCCGAGAGAGGCUAAUUGCAUACCUUUUGAGCUUCAACAUCUUGCCAAGAGCUAGUGACACGCAUGUGCUUCGGCGGUUGGACCUCUAUCUCAUGCACAAAAUGAUG